GUGUAUAGUUUCAUUUCUCAUUCAUGACGAAUGUGCUUGAGUUUGAAUUUUUGGUGUUAUAAAUUCUUUGUUACUGUUCUUGUUCCUGGUCGAAAUUGCGUGUCGGUCGCGGUGGUGAAUAUCUCUAGAUUGCGAAUCGGUUUUAUACGUGUGCGGCUGAUCUACAACUUAUUUGUACGCGCAUAACGAUAGGCGAGAUUACGGAAAAAACGCACAAAUAUACAGAUAUAAAUUUAUCGACAUAUGUACAUACAUAUCUGAACAUCUUUGAACUGGAGACUGAAUUCAACUAUAAAAUAACUUCUUAAAAGCAUGCUUAUUUCGUGCAAAUGCUUGAAUUUUAUUGCUACCUCGCCGCAGUUGCAGCGCAAUAAGAGCACAACUGGGGAUGCAAAUGUCGGCAAAGCGUCGGUGAUCGCAAGUGUUUUUGAAGUAUUUAAGCAAAAAUGGCCACGGAACUUUUUGUUCUAUACACAAUGUAUGGAGUUUUUCCAACAUACUUAUGGUCCUAUUCCAGAUCUAACCAUAAAUAGCAUCAAUCAACGUGAUCUAAUCUACAGUCUUACUAUUAAUGCCGCUGUCCAAACGUGGCAACUGAGUUUAUGCAUCAAUUGCAAGGUUGUGUUAUGUGCCAAGUGUUUGACAACUUCAGAAAAGCCAGCGCCAUCCCUUUACCUUAUCAACAGCUCACUCUUCACCACCAAUGAAGAGAUGUUACAGCGUCGCAGUGACAAAUCCUAUUCGGAGACUUUCGAACUACUCAUUAUGGACCAUAAACAAAUACCCGAUGCCAAUAGUGCCAGCACUCCAUGUCAAAGUGGCGCCAUGGUCCCAUCGACCUUGAACCUAAGUAUUGGGUCGAUGUCAUCAAACUCUUUGGCGCCUUUAGAUGGCAGGCAGAUACGCCUGCGUCAGCUGCAGGCGCACCAGCAGGCGCGACUACAGCGUGAGAUUACCGAAACUAACGCACGCAUUGAGCGGUACACGGAGCAGCAGUUUGCACUUCUUAAAAGCUUCCGGGACAAAUGCGAUCAGGAUUGCGCACUACUGAUGCGGGUCAUACAGAACGUACCUGAAAAGGCCACUGAGCUGCUUGACCGUGGCAUGCCAUCGGCCCUGGAGGUAACGGGAAGUGCCAUUGUCACCAGUACUGCCGCUCCAGCUACUCGUCGCCGCAGCACUAUUAGUAGCCGGAGUGAUCUGAUCACAGUGUCUACCACACCCACAAAUUCCCUUACGCAGCCACCCAGCUUCCUGACAUUACCAGUACAGGAGACAACGCAGCGCAACAAACAACAAAAACCACAACCUUUCUCUCAGCAGAUACCCAAUACGUCCAAUCUGACAUCAAGAAAAUUGUCCAACUUUGAUACUCCGCCCGCCACACCAGAAGCCACACCCAUGAGUGUUAGUAAUAGCCCGACAUUCAGGCAGCAGGCUGCGCCACCGUCGAACAGCACGCUGUUGGUAUCGGCGACUGAUCCAAUGAUAGCAGGUGAUAUGGCCGAUAACUGUCAGUUCGAUAUGGAAGAUGUUGAUGAUCCAAUACCGGUGCACUCAGCGCGAUCCUUAAACUUCGCGCGCUCCCAGAUAUAUCAACACCAACCAUUUUCACGACAGCAACAAUUGCAAAUUCAAUAUGGACAACACGACGAUAUGAGCGACUUGGACGAGAGUGAAGCAGCUGACCAAGCAGAGGAUGCUCUUAAUUUGGACAACUCCAUGCCAAUACACAACGCUGGAUCACGAUCUUCGAAAGCGCAUAUAUUAAACUUUGCAAAAAGCCUGCCAAUUGAGAUAUCCAACUCUCCAUUGGCGGAGCGCGCAAAUAACAAUUUUGUAGUCGAGGAUGAGGAAAUUUUGGAAAACACCGUAGAUAUUGCAGCUAGCAUUAAGGCGCUGGCAAAGAGCUUGCACGGCGAGGCAGUUUUUGGUGAUUUGCCGCGCCCACGCUUGCGCUCGCAGAUUUAAAUGCCGUGGAAACACAAAACAAUAACACAACUCGCAAAGAAUUUGUACCCAUACUGCUAUUAGUAUAAUAUUAUAAUGCCUUUUUAAAGUAUAGUUUGCUCAACAGUCGUGAAAAUUGUAAGCAUUAGUAUAUAUACAUAUAUAAAGAAUUACGAACUUUACUUGCUGCAAAUAAACAUGAAAAAACCCAA